AAAUCCAGCCCAGCAUACCCACUACGGCUGCCGGUGGCUCUCGUCGUCUUCUCGGCCGAUCUCGCGCAGCGCCGCCGCCUCGAGCACAUCCCUUCCCCCCUCCUCUACGCUCCCUUCAUUCGAUUCGAGCUUGUCGCUAGGGUUCUUGACCUCGCUCCACCUUUUCCCAUGGCUGACGAAGCCAACCGAACGGCGUUCAUGGAGCUGCAGGCCCGGAUGUUCGAUACCACCGGGAAGCUCAAGCAGUUACAAACCCAAAUGCGUUCUAAAGAGGGGGAAAAGAAGCGUGCUUACCUCACUCUGGAGGAACUCCGCCAGUUGCCAGAUGAUACUAACACCUACAAGACUGUUGUUGUCCAAAUGUUAGUCAAUGUCGAAUGUGCCUUACUUUCUAUUGGUUUUGAUGAUGGCUACUUUGUUUGCAGGAAAAGUGUUUAUUUUGGAGCCAAAAUCAUUUCUUUUGAACGAGCAAGAGCAAAAAUUUAAUGAAAGUGAGAGCGCGAUAGCAUCAAUGCAGACUUCCAAGGAAUAUCUUGAGAAACAGUUGGGAGAAGUGGAGAACAACAUCAGAGAGCUGCUUCAACAGGACCCGGGGCUUGCACGCCAGAUUCUCUCGAUGACUGUCCAAUGAGAGUUGUUUAUGCUGCAUUUGCAUAUCAUCAGGUGUAAUUUUACAAUUUGAUCUGUCUGCAAACUCUGCUUUCCCCUGCUUUACUGUGAGUUGUGGGUGGUGUUUUGCUGCAAUGGUCCGUUCCAUGUAUGGACAAAAGAAUUUGCAGUUGCUUCCUGCAAUAGUUUGUUGACUGAUGCUGGAGCGAACUACUCUUGCCGCGGUCUCACCUGUUGUCUGUUGAUCAUGUGUUUUGGUGUGGAAAUCAGGAACUUCUCCAUCUGCUGACUUAUGGGGACCUCUACCUUUUUUUA